AUGAUAUGGUCAAUUCUGACACUCGCAGCCCUCGCGAGUGUACCUGCCCAUGCCAGCGAGACCACUUUCAGUGUCAACGAUGACCUCUUCGCAUUUCCCCAAUAUGAAGUUGUAUUUGACGACAGUUAUAUCACCCUGGAUGAAGCAGUCAGAUCAUUAGACCGAAGCGAGCUCGAAAAAGCCGAAGCGCGGGAAAGCAAGGAUGUCUCCCUCCCUUCCCGGAGCGAGUCUUUCGCCUCUGAAUCAAGCGGCCCGGCAGCAGAAGUCGACUACGAAAUACUGACGUCGGGCGACCAGGCUUACUUCUGCAAAAUACCAAUUGUGAAGCGUUCUACAAACAAUCAGACCGAAGAGAAGGCCACAGAAUCAGAAGUCCAGAAAGAGCUGGCAAGAGCAGCAGACAAGGGCCGCGAGCUUCUAUCUGGGAUGCAGGGCAGUCAGUGCCUCUUCUAUUCAACUGGCUGGUGGACAUACUCGCUCUGCUACAACCAGCAAGUACGGCAAUUUCAUGCACUUUCGCCUGGCCAGACGGGUGGGCGAGUAUGGCCUCCUCAGGAGGAUCCUACAACCCCAGCAUUCGUCUUGGGCAAGGUAGAUGGUACUACCAAAGAUCCAGCCGCCCCGGAUCAACAAUCGCAGAAUUCUGUGUCCACCGAGCUCCAGACAAAGUCUGAGACCAGCUAUCUUGUCCAGAAACUAGAGGGUGGGACAUCAUGUGAUCUGACUGGCAAAAACCGCAAGAUUGAGAUCGAGUUCCACUGCAAUCCUCAGCUCACGGAUCGCAUUGGUUGGAUCAAGGAGACUUCGACCUGCUCAUACCUAAUGAUCGUCUACACGCCUCGAUUGUGCAGCGAUGUGGCCUUCCUUCCCCCAAAGGAGUCGAAGGCUCAUUCUAUUACAUGUCAACAAAUCCUCACCGAGGAUCAGGUCCCCGAAUGGAAAGCUCUAAGAAAAGAAGAGGCGAAGCUCGUGGAGCAAGGCGCAGAACCACCUCUUGUGGUUGGCGGUGUCCAGGUUGGCGCUAUGACAUACUCUAAAGACGGCAAGAAGCUUGAAAGAGGUCGCAUAGUGCUCACCCAAGAUGAGAGAGCCGAGACUAUUGCCAUGCAGAAGGACGGGAAGGUGUCUGCCAUAUCCAAAGCAGACCUCAAGAAGCUUGAGCUAGAUCCUGCUGAUAUCGAGAAGUUUAGAAAAGAGCUCGAGAAGCUUGCGGGAAGCAAAGACUGGAAGAUCGAGCGUCUUGACGAUGUUGAUGGUCAAAUCCAGCUACGAGGUGUCGUCUCGGAGGAUGAGAAGGCAGACACUGCGAAAGCUAAUAAGCAAGAAGACACUGCGAAGCCUGCUGGGGAAGAAGCUGAUGAAACAGGUAGUGAGGAGGAAUUCAAGGAGGAGAUAUGA